ACAUGUUUUUUCCGAUUUUUUGUUGUGUUUCGCUAGAAAUUUGGCGUGAAUCUGGUUGUUAAAUCAGCAGAUUGCUUAAUGUCGGGUAGUUUACAACAGUACUUGCACUCGAUUUAUGCUCAUUUAUCCCACGUAAACAACGGCAUGUCUUUUUAUGCUGAAUUUGCGGUAUGUGUUUUGGUUGAUGUUUAUCUACUCCAAACCCAUUCUGGACAAUCCGUCAUUUGAACGAGGAAGUUUUAUCUAUUCUGUAUUGAUGUGCCGACAUUAACAACAUCGUCCAUUCGAACGUCUCUCUAUUCUGGAACCUCGUAUGCCAUUUUACAAGCAACUUUCGCUGCUCCUGAUUACACGAUCACAGUAAAACCCGGCGUGGUGUUCCCAGCCGGUAUCGUGAACUUUUUAUACAUUUUUGUGGGUGCAAUAUGGGGAGGAUUUAUAAUUAUCUUGUCGCUGUGGCGUCAGCCAUGGGUGGAUUUUUAUUCGGAUAUGAAAUCGGCGUUAUUGACCAGGUAUUAAUUAUGGACAGCUUCGGGUUGGAAUUUGGUCUGAAAUAUAAUCAUUCAGUAAAUGGGACGCUGGUCAAAACUCCCAACAGCGCCGACAUCAGCGGUUGGAUAACCUUCACCUUUCUGGUGGGCUGCGUCGUGGGUGCCGCUCUGACGUCCAUCCUAGCCGACCGCAUCGGGCGGCGCUACUCCAUCUUCGUGGGAUCGGUGUUGUUCAUGAUCGGCGGGGCCAUGCAGACCGGCGCUUCACAUAUCGCCGUUCUUUAUGUCGGCCGAAUCAUUAGCGGCAUGGGCGUCGGUUUAAUGUCCGCCGUGGUCCCGCUGUACAUCUCAGAGACUGCCAAAACAGACGUCCGGGGGACGCUGAUAUCCACGUACCAGUUGAUGAUCACCUUUGGCAUCCUAAUCGCUUCAUGUAUCAAUGCAGCCAUAUUAUCCACACUAACCGGCGACGUAGAGUGGCGCUUAGCGUUGGGCAUGCAGAUGGUGCCGGCGGCCAUUUUAUGGGGAUUGAUCAUCAUUCUGCCGUUUUCGCCGCGUUGGCUGGUAGACCGCGGCCGGGAAGAAGAAGCCUUACAGAGUCUGGCCAAACUGCGCAGCGCUCCGGCUGAUUCGGAGGCAGUACGGACAGAGUUUGCGUCCAUUAAGGAGAGUGCUCUGCAUGAGAAAAAGAUCGGCUCGGUGACGUGGCUCGAACUGUGCAAAGCCGGCAUCCGAAAUCGUGUGGCUAUUGGAGUGGUCCUGCAGUGCUUUCAGCAGUGGACGGGAAUUAAUGUCAUCCUGUACUACGCCGCGGAAUUGUUCAAGGACAUGGGAUUCUCCAGUGCACAUGCCGGAGUGACUUUUGUUAUUGCCAAUGCGGCCAUUAACUUUGUCGCGACGUUUCCCGGGAUGUGGUUGGUGGAGCGGAUUGGCCGGAAGCUGCUUAUGAUUAUUGGUGGAUUUCUCAUGGGAGGCGCGCAUAUGCUAAUUUGUCUGUUUUUGGGACUUUCCCAUGAAACACCAGGUCUUUCAUGGGCCGCAAUGGUCUUUGUAUACGUUUUCACAAUUUCAUUUGCAUCGACGUGGGGUCCAGUUGUUUGGGUGUACCAGUCGGAAAUUUUUCCUAUGCGUGUCCGUGCCAAGGGGACGGCAUGCUGUACUAUGUCCAACUGGAUUUGGAAUGCCAUUAUUGCGAAGAUUACACCGAUUAUGUUGACCAGUAUUACAUUUUAUACCUAUAUUGUUUUUGGCAGUUUUGGAAUUAUUAUGGCAAUAUUUGUGUGGAUAUUUGUGCCGGAAACGAAAGGAAAAUCGUUGGAGGAUAUGGAUGAUAUUUUUGGCCAUGUUCCAGGGGAACCGGUAGACGACAUCCGGCAAAAAAGUAUUCGCGAUUCAGUAAUUGCAAUGGAUUCAUUAAAAAAUAAACCAGUGCUGCAUUGAUGUGCUUUUAACACUGUUGUCAUACCUGUGUACAGUAGAGUCAGUAUAAAAAUUAUGUACUUAUACUGUACUUAUUAAACGACUCACUACCGUUGCAUUUUCCUUGUACGAUAAUAAUGUAAGUACUUACAAAAUGCACUCUCACUAAUAUUAGCUGUCACUUAAGUAUUAAUUUUGUUGUGCUU